AUGGCUUGGUUGAGAGAUGGUGAUGAAAAACCUGCCCUGUUUCAUCAGAGUAUCAGAAGUAGAAAUAUGAAAAAUCAAAUUUACAGUAUUCAUGAUAUGGGUGGUGUGUGGAAGGAAAAUCCUACUGAGGUUGCUGGUGCAUUUCUGGAUUAUUAUAAGCAGUUAUUGGGGAGUCAACAUGAGUCUAGAACUCCAGUUUUAAAACAAGUGGUGCAGUUAGGCCCUGAGCCAAGGCACCUGGUCCAGAUGGUUUUUGGUUCUCAUUUCUACAAAGACUCAUGGCAUAUUGUUGGAGAUGAAGUUGUUGCUGCUGUUCUUGAUAUGCUGCAACAUGGUAAAAUUUUGAAUGAGCUGAAUCAUACAGUCAUUACUUCAAUCCCUAAAACUAAGUUCCCUAAAGAUGUGAGUGAAUUUAGGCUUAUCUCUUGCUGUAAUACUCUAUAUAAGUGUAUUACAAAGGUUUUGCGUGGGAGACUUAGACAAGUGCUGCCUGAUCUCAUUCUUGAAAACCAAGGUGGGUUUGUAAAUGGUAGAUUCAUUGUUCAUAACAUCAUGGUUGUUCAGGACUUGGUGAGACAGUAUGGAAGGAAAGGAGUGAAGCCUAGUUGUCUCAUGAAAAUUGAUUUGCAAAAAGCUUAUGAUACUGUUGAUUGGCAGUUUCUUCAGGAAAUGUUAGAAUACUUGGAAUUUCCUCAACAUUUUGUGGAUCUUGUCAUGCAGUGUGUUUCCACCCCCAUGUUCUCACUGAUGUUUAAUGGUUCCAUGCAUGGUUUCUUUAAUUCCAAGAGGGGGUUGAGGCAAGGUGAUCCUAUUUCUCCACUCUUAUUUGGUGAUUACCCUUCUAUCUUGUUACUACUUCAAGCUUUUAAGCUUUUUUCUAAUUCUUCUGGUCUCAAAGCUAACCAAAAGAAGUCCUCCAUAUAUUGUCAUGGUAUGUCAGAAAGAGAUGUUCAGAGGGUUGUAGAUGUGUCUGGUUUUAUCAGAAGUUUACUUCCUUUUAAGUAUUUGAGUGUUCCAAUAUGUUCCAAAAAGAUUUCAGUUUCUCAAUGUAGUCAUCUUGUGGAUAAAAUCAUGGCCAGAAUUAAGGUAUGGAGCUCUAAGAAUCUUUCCUAUUCUGCAAGAAUGCAGUUGAUCAAUUCUGUGCUGCUGAGUCUUCAUAUUUACUGGGCUCAGAUUUAUGUGCUUCUAAAGAGUGUGUUGCAAGACCUUGUUAAGAUAUGUAGGGCCUUUCUGUGGAGUGGACAAGCUUACAGUCAGAAACCUAGUAGUAUUGCCUAG